AUGGAAACAAUUCGAAGAGUCACCAGCAGCAGCAACAACAACAACACCACCAGCCAUUGCAAACACCCAGCCACCACCACCACUUACCAGCACACAAUAACAUUUAAAGAGUCAUCAUUGUCGUCAUCAGCCAGUGGUAUUAGAAAUGCUUACUGUGAGGGACCACAUGUGGAUUCAGCUUCCCUGCCACUUGAACACAGAUCUGUGUAUGGACCACCACCGCCCUCACCCGUUUAUGGAUCACCACAAACCGCAUUGGCUGCCAGUCCCAGCAAUGAUAUCUCUGACGAAGCCUGGCCAUUGGCAACGACGAACGAUAGUCCCCAAAUCAAACAUUUGCAGGUGCAAUGUGAAAAGACACACAUGCGCGUCAAUAUCGAAUUCGAUCGCCCCUUCUAUGGUAUGAUCUUCUCGAAGGGCUUCUACAGCGACCCUCACUGUGUUCACUUGAAACCCGGUACCGGCCACUUGAGUGCCACCUUUGAGAUUUUCCUCAAUAGUUGCGGUAUGACAAGUUCGGCUAAUCACAAUGCUGCCGGCUAUGGAGCACCUACACCAUCGGGUAGUUAUGUCGAGAACACAAUCAUUAUUCAAUACGACCCCUAUGUCCAAGAAGUUUGGGAUCAGGCCAGAAAAUUGCGUUGCACUUGGUAUGAUUUCUAUGAAAAGGCUGUCACUUUCCGACCAUUCCAGGUUGAUAUGUUGCAUGCUGUUACCGCCAACUUCUUGGGUGAUAAUCUCCAGUGCUGGAUGCAAAUUCAAGUUGGCAAAGGUCCCUGGGCUUCCGAAGUGUCGGGUAUUGUUAAAAUUGGUCAGACUAUGACCAUGGUGUUGGCCAUCAAGGAUGACGAAAACAAAUUCGAUAUGUUGGUACGCAACUGUGUGGCCCAUGAUGGCAAACGUGCCCCCAUCCAAUUGGUAGAUCAAAAUGGCUGUGUUGUCAGACCAAAGAUUAUGAGUAAAUUCCAGAAGAUCAAGAACUUUGGACCUUCGGCUUCGGUUGUCAGCUUCGCCUACUUCCAGGCCUUCAAAUUCCCCGACUCCAUGAAUGUCCACUUCCAAUGUGUCAUACAAGUGUGCCGCUACAAUUGCCCUGAACCUAAGUGUGGACCCAGUUUGGCCGGUGGUGAAUAUGGUGUGCCACAAAUCGGCGGCAAUGGUCUCUCAUCUGAAUACGGACCUCCUGAAGCUUAUGAACGUGGGGACUUUGGUCUCGGUGGUUUGCCCCCAGCAGCCUAUCCCGAUCCCAGACACCAAGCCAGCGAUUCAGCCGGUGCCUAUUCGGAAAAUCAACCAGAUGUUGUACCCUCACCCCAAGCCCAAACCGCCGGUAUUGCUGAAUCUGGACCAGCCAGCUCUCAGGCCCCUGCACAAAAUCCCAACGAUUUGCACAUGCCUCCUCCACCACUGCCCGGUCAACCAGGUCAAUACAAUACCGUUAAGCGCAAGGACGACAUGGAAGGUGGCAACUUGGUAUCUUUGGGAGGACGUCCUCGCUCAGUUGAAGGCCUUGAUGAUUUGCGUGGUGUCCGCAGACGCCGUGAUACCAUUGAUGUUGUCGUUAAGCCCAGAAUCUACAAACGUGAUGCCCAAGAAAUGACCGAUGUCAACACCAGCCGCAUUAUUCAAGUUGUUGCCCCCGGUGAUGUCAAUUUCGCGCUCAACAGCAACGCAAAUAACGAAACAGUGGUCAUACAAUCAGCCCGCAAUGCUGAUCCUGAAACCAUCUGUAUGUCCGUGCCCAGCUUUGUUGGCGGCCUUGUUAUGCUCUUGCUUGUUUUGGCUGUUGCCUCCCUAGUCGCUGCCUUCCUCUUUGUUCGCGUCCGACAUUUCGACCGCAAAGGAGCUCCCAUGGGUUAUCACAAUUAAUUUGUUAGCGGUAGUUAG